AAGUCGGGAGGUCUGAGCUCCGGCUGUUUUUUUCCACGAAACGUUCAUACAUUUAUUUCACCGGUAGCGAUGGACGCUGGCAGGCUCGGUUAACAGAAGAAGAAGAAGAAGAAGACGAAGAAGAAGGAGUGAGGCUGUAAAAUAUAAAUAUAUAUAUAUAUACUUUUUUUUUAAAUCGUUUUAAUCAGUUUGGAUAUUGAAGCCUCAAUUUCACUGCGCAGUUUGGACGUUUUCAACCUGAUUGAAAUGUCUCCGCUGCGGAUUAAAUAGUCCGUCAAGGCACUUUUUUUUCCGCUGAGAUAACGUUUAAAAAAACAAAACAUCAAAUAGCUAAUUUGUUAUUCGUGAGUGUUUUUUUUUUUUUUUGUGCGUGUGUGGGGGACAAAGUGUGCACAAUGGCUGCCCUUCACUGGCUCCUGUGUGCCGGGAUGUUAUCGCUGCCGACGUGCGGAGCCUUCUUCCGCGGACCGUUACAGCCGGAGAUGUCCAACGGCACGUUUCAUCACUACUUCGUGCCGGACGGAGACUACGAGGACAACGACGACCCGGAGAAGUGCCAGAUGCUCUUCAAGAUGACGGACGAGCGCAAGUGCGGUCUCGACGAGGACCAGGACUCCGUGAUACGGGACGACUUCACCAUCAUCAAGAGGCAGAUCGAAGACUCGGCCCGGGUCCUGGAAGGGAUCGGGAAGAGCAUCUCCUUCGACCUGGACGGGGAGGACAACUACGGGAGGUACCUGCGGAGGGAGACGGCUCAGAUCGGCGAGGCGUUCACGAGCUCGGAGAAGUCGCUGCUGGAGCUGGAGGUGAAGUUCAAGCAGAGCCAGGAGAGCGAGCUGAAGGAGGAGCACCGGCUCAACGACGACUUUCUGAGCAUGGUGGUGCACACGCGGGACGUCCUGAAGGACACGGUGGACAUUUCCGUGGGACUGAAGGACAAGCACGAGCUCCUGUCGCUGAUCAUCCGCAGCCACGGCACGAGGCUGAGCAGGCUGAAGAACGAAUACAUGAAGUUCUGAGAGAAAGUAGUCCCCCCCCCCCUGCACUUUGCAGUAGCGACUUUUUCUUAUUUCUUAUUUGUAUUUUUUUUUUUAUGGAUGAAUGUGUGAGACAGGGAUGACAACAAAUACAACAACAAAAAAGUGUAGUUAUAUCAGGGAUAAAAAAAACAAAACAGGGCCAGUUCACUUGCAUUACAAAAAAAACAUAUUUAGCCUAAAUAUCUUACAUUUGACUUUUAAUAGGAAAGAAGAAAACAAAAAAAAUACUUAAAAUGUAAUGCAAAAAUGUUCAAUGCGCAUAACUCGUAGUGAUGAUGGUGUUGCAGGGACACUGCUUCACUUUUAAGGGUGUGGAGGAAUGUAUACGUCCAGGUCAUGUGACAUUUCUCCAAAGCUUCAUUACCAAAAGGGGAAAGAAGAAGGCUUCUGCACCCAAAAAGCCCCCCCCCCCCCCAUAUUCACUGCAUAUACAUAUUGUGUUUUUGUAAUCUGAUGUAUCAGAAGCCCUUUUAUUAUUUUUAGUUGAUAUUGUGCUCCAUUGCAUUAAUGCCAUGCAUCUCUGUGAAGGGGUGAUGUAAAAAAACAACAACAACUGGUAGGAAGUAAGAAAGAAAAUGUGUUGUUGUAGUUUUUUUAAUGACAUUUUACUUUUUCCGAACAGACAAAAAAUUACAUUUUUAUUUGAUAAUAUGGUGAUUUCUGGAGAAAACUCUUAAAUGAUAAAAAAAACAAUUAUUAUUUUUUUGGGAUGACACCUCAAACUAUUUUUUUUUGUGCAAUAUCUCCAGAAUAUUAAUCUGACCGCCCGCUCCGAGACACCGUGCCAAAGGUAAACGUACGCACCACGCAAACACACAAUGGUGUACGCUCAUUUUUUUUGGUAAGUGCACAGAGUUCACCUGGGGUGUGUGUGUAAAUGUGUGUGUGUGUGUGUGUGUGAAACAACGGCUUUGAACAGUGAGUCAGCAGAUCAUUACAGUCACGUCGCACUUAAAGCCGGCCUGGACUUUGUGUAGUCGUAUGAAUGUUUCUGAGAAGAUCAGAGAAUGUUUACACAUGUCGGACCACCUGCGUUGUAUUUUUUUAUUUUUAUCUUUUGUAAUAUUCUUUCUGCUUUUAUAAGGCCGGCAGCACCAUUAUUUUCUUGAGAGUGCUGCUCUGCACAGGCUGUAUACUCUAAAUGUACAGUGUGUUAUAAUAAGUAAGUAGAAAUACUGUGAGUGCCAAUAUCUUUAUUACAAACCAAAAUAAAACCCCACCAAUAUUAUGUUUUCAUCGUUUAUAUAACAUUUUAAAACCGAGCCGCAUACAUAUCUAUAUAUAUAUAUAUGUAUAUAUAUAUUCUUUGUAACUAGGUGAGAUUGUAAAAACAUUGACGGAUAAGACUGCAGGCAGCACUCGAGGACUUCC